CAUCGGAGCGGCCCAGUCUGCCUCGCUCGCCCGCUCGACGCGCGCGGACCUGCUAACGCGACGCAAACCUAACGCUAUACUAACGCAAACCUAACGCGAGUGCGUUUUAGUGACUUGGAUUGUAUCGUUACUAGAUUGCCGCCUUCGGAAUGCCCGAUUAGAUAGCGGCGCGAUAACGAAACCGUCGCCAUGAAUGAACGGAGACAACACAGAUAGCAAAACGCUCCACAAAACAAAAUGAUCGGAAACGUGGUCAUAUUGUGAGGAAAAACAAAGAGUGUUGUUAUAAAUGCAGUGUUGACAGUGUUUACAGUGUUUUGGUUUUUCGGUGAUGUGUCAGUGUUAGUGAUGGGUUGCCAGUUGGGUAAAUUGGCUGCCUCGGAGAGGAGGGGCGCGGGGGCAGCGGCGCCGGCCAUUGCGGACGGGCCGCCGCCGGCGACCGACCCGCGGCUGCCGCUGACGGCGAAGCAGAAGUAUUCCAUGCUUGCCUCGUGGAAGGGAAUAUCGAGGGCCAUGGAGAAGACUGGCAUUUGCAUGUUUAUAAAACUAUUCGAAGAGAACCAAGACCUGCUGAACAUGUUCGAGAAAUUCCGCCAAUGCCGGACGAAGGAGGAGCAGAUCAACUCCAUGGAGCUGGCGGAACACGCCAACAACGUGAUGAACACGCUGGACGAGGGGAUCAAGGGGCUGGAUGACCUGGACAACUUCUUUGAAUACAUACACCAGAUAGGCGCGAGCCAUAGGCGGAUACCGGGGUUCAAAGUGGAAUAUUUUUGGAAAAUCGAGGCUCCCUUCCUUGCAGCCGUCGAGUCCACAUUAGGCGACCGCUACACACCGAAUGUCGAAAACAUCUACAAAAUAACCAUAAAGUUCAUCCUAGAAACGCUCGUCGAAGGCUUCGAGAAAGCUGGCAACAAGACGUGAGCUGCCAUAAAAUAGAAAAAAAAAGAUAACGAACAAACUUCAAGAACGCUGGCACCCAGUUCAAAGUUUGAAAAUCGAACGCAAGAUUCGAAAGUUUUCCAAUUUUUAUACGCGUCUAUGAGACCGAGUAACAUUCCAACAUUUGGAAUCGUCUGGCAAGUCAAUUUAUGAACAGUGACUAACAAAAUAAUUUAUAUAAAUGUGUAUAUUGUGAAUAUUUUAAUGCGUCUUAAAAGUAAGUUGUGACAACUUAACGACGGAAGUUUUUAAGAGUUGAAAGUCGUGAGUGUGUGGACUGAGGAUCAUAAAAUAAUUUUAUGAUUAGUAAGCAGGGAACAUUAUAUGAACGCUUUGCGAAAGUGUUUAUUUUUAAGAAAUAGUAUGAAAUGUAGAUACAUAAUUAUAUAUUCGAUAUGUGAGUGUGUUACGUAAGUCAUGGCGAUUAGUUAUUUAAUUUGAAAUGAAUGUCACAAAUGCUUAUUAAUAAAUAUUAUAAUUAAUCAGUUUGCAAUCAAAACUCACUAGCAAAUCGAGCACUUAUAAACCUUUGUAUCUUUAUACCAUCUUUAUAUCGUGCUGUGAGAAGAGCGUAUGUGGGGCACCCGGGCGGAAAACGUCCGUCUGGGCGUCCCAGAUACCGCUGGAGUGACGAAGCCCAAAAAGACCUGUCCGCCCUCGGAAUACCCAACUGGCGUGAAGUGGCGCAGAAUAGGGCAGAAUGGCGCUCUCUUGUGUCAGAGGCCAAGAUCCUCUUUGGGUCACUGAGCCAGUGAUGUAUGUAUGUAUGUAUGAUAAAGAUAAAAGAUAAAAAAUAGUUUAUUCAAGUAGGCAUAUUACAAUGCGCUUAUGAACGUCAAAUAAACCUUUACCGGCUCCAACCGUACACCUCUGCCCCGAGAAGAUUUAAAUCCCCCCUCAAUUGGAGGAGGGUAUCCCAAUAUGGGACCGGCAACAAACUCGGCGGGACACAUCUUUUCAAAACAUUAUUACAUCUUAUAAUUAACAUGCAUUACGAGUAAUUAAUACAAUUUAAAUUACUAUAGAAUUCAUGCAAUUAUACUCAGUGAGUACAUAACUUUAUAGAAUUUGAUAUAAAAAAUAAACAUAUAUGCACAUGAAAUCACAAAUACGUAGCUCUUUCAGAAAACAAAUCAAAUCUUACAAAAGGAAAAGAAAAUAAAAUCAAUAAAAGAAAUGAGAAUACAUAUUAUAUGAAUCUAACUGAUUGUUAUGAGAUGCUUUCAUACAAUUUGAUGUGCUUUCUUACCUGAGCUGAGUCACCUUUAACUCUACACAUAAUACAAUGUUUUUAAUUGCUACUUGUCGUUAUUACAGUUUCUGGUUUGGACCAUGCAUGUUUGUCUGUCAAGUAGUCCUCGACUCUGUAAUAAGCCUUCAACAUCAAUGACUUUUUUAAGUAAUUCUUAAGAGCUGGAAAGGGUAAUCUUAAAGCAUCCUCAGGUAACUUGUUAUAAAAAUGAAUGCAUUGCCCAACGAAUGACUUCUGUACUUUACGAACACGAAACUUUCUGAUAGCAAGCUUAUUUUUAUUUCUAGUAUUAUAGUUAUGGACAUCAGAAUUCUUAGUGAAGGAGUCUAGAUUCUUAACAACAUAAAUAAUACUAUCAUAUAUGUAUUGGGAAGCUACAGUUAAAAUAUUAAUUUCUUUAAAAAGUUCUCUUAAUGAUUAUGUGUAUCUUUAUACCAUAGAUACGGUUUAUUUUAACUAAUGGUGCUUUGGGGUAAUUUCGGAAAAUGAUUACUUAGGUAAUUUCUAAAAUCGGACAUAAUAUAGGGUACAUCGCCAAUUAUUAGCCAGUUUUCAAUUACUGGCCACCUAUACUAAAAUGAAUUCUGUGUAUAGGUGAAUAGAACUCAUUUUUGUAAGAGGCGGCCAGUUAUUGAACGAGUGGGUUGUGGAUAAAUUUCAGUUACUGGCCAUUUUCCUUAUACUGAAAAUGAGUUUUAUUUAUCUGUAAAUAGAAUUCAUUUUUGGAAUAGGUAGCCAGUAAUUGAAAACUGGCUAAUAAUUGGAUUUUCGUACCUUAUAUACUAAAAUGAACUUUGUUCACCUAUAAAUAGAAAUCAAAUUAAGUGGCCAGUAAUUGGGGGGUGGCUAGUAAUUGGCGAUGUACCCUAUCUACUAAACCUUACUUUGGUAAGCACAUCGUGGUAAAUGUUACCAGAGUUCAAAGAAUUUCUAGUUAUGUGGAUCUAUUAACGAUUUUCAAAUUACACCUAGUCCAAAUUGAUCCCAAUGCUACUAAGGUUAAUAUAGUACUAUGUCAAACAACUUUGUCAGUAGAAAAAGGCGUGAAAUUCAAAUUCUCUAUGGAACGAUAACCCUUCGCGCCUACAUUUUUAAAUUUCUCACUUUUUUGUACUGGCAGAAAGUCUUGACAGACUAUAACAAUGUUACUAAGUAACAAUGUAACAAUGUUACUAAGUGAGUUUUGGUAGUGAACUGUAGAAAAGACUACGUUUGUUGUUACCUACACUACCAUGGCUGGUCCAUGAAUUUUGUUUUAAAUAUUUUUGCGCUUAAAUUAAUGUUUUUAUUGUUAUAAAUUGCGUCUUCCGUGUAUGAGUGUGGAUGAUUUGCUAAUGAAACUAAUUUAAAAUAAUUAUUUGUGUCAAUAAACAAGUCAAUAUUGUUAAAAUAUUAUUUUAUCUUGUUUGUUUUCUGAAAUGUACAGUCGCGUUCAAAAGUCGCAAUUAUCGUAAAAAUGUGUAAAUAUUAUUCUACACAAUUCGGCUGUUUAAUUGGGACAUGCAUGUUCUAUAGCGCCUUUUGAAUGUGGCUGUUCAGUUUUCUGUGUCUGCUACAAAAAAAUACGCACAUACAAUCUGGCACAAAAUAUAUAAACAAAUGCACUUUUAGCUUUACUAACCAAGUCUAUCAGUCAGUUUGAGAUUUUUAAUCAAAUACAAUUGUUUUCUAUAUUCUUAUCUAACAUAGAGUUCUGACAUAACUCGCCAA